AUGGAACGUAAUGAGGUAGAAGCUAGAAGAGCAAUGGAAAUUGCAGAGAGAAAACUCUUAGAGAAUGAUUACUAUGGAGCAAAAAAACUCGUUAAACAGGCUCAGAAUCUGUAUCCAAAGCUUAAUGGUUUGAAACAAGUCCUGAUAAUAACCGAUGUUUAUAUUUCCGCAUCAAACGGAGGAAGAAGAGAAGCUGAUUGGUAUGGGAUUCUCGGUAUAGAUCGUUUAGUCGAUGAUGAAACCGUCAAGAAACAGUACAAGAAGCUAGCUCUCUUGUUACAUCCGGACAAGAACAAGUUUAGUGGCGCAGAAGGCGCGUUUAAAUUGGUUUUAGAAGCUUGGCGUCGAUUAUCUAAACCUGAGCCUAAGUCUAACAAUAAGCGUAAGACUAAGCAUAAGCAUAAGCCUAAGCCUAAGACUAAGCCUGAGCCUGAACCUGAACCUACGGUUGAAACUACGUUUUGGACAGUGUGCAAUAGAUGCAAGACAUAUCGUGAAUUUGUGAGGGCUGGUUAUCUUAACAAGACCUUGUCUUGUCAAAACUGCGGUGAGGAUUUCGUUGCGGCCGAGAUAGUUCCAGAGAUAAUCAACGGGAGGCCAUUAAUCAGAUUGAGUCCCUCUGAUCUGUCAACAAGGAAAAGAACAAGUGAUACUUCUUCUUCUUCUUCGUCUGCAAAUCAAGCACACAAAAGAGUGAAAAGAUGGUUUGAGCCUAAGCUUGAUGAGUUUGAUUCUUCUUUAUCAAGAAAGGAGAUAGCCAAUACCUAUAAGUUUUGGACAGUUUGCAAUAGAUGCAAGACGUAUUGUAGAUUUGUGAGGGCUACUUAUCUUAACAAGACCUUGCCUUGUCCAACCUGUGGUCAAGAUUUCGUUGCGACCGAGAUAAUUCCAGAGAUAAUUAAUGGGAGCCCAGUAAUCAGAUUGAUCAGUAGCAAUUUUCAACCAACAAGUAAACGGCGUAAAACAACACCAGAUUCGAGGGUUAAAACCCCAUCAAGACAAUGA